AUGGCAGCCGGACUGCGCCGGGGCUGGCUGCUCUCACUGCUCCCUGCCGUCCUGCUCAGCCUCUGCAGCCCACCAUCACUGUGCACCCCCGAGCCGGUGACAGCCCAAGAUGCUGCACUGCUGGUGGGGGUGCCCGAGGACAUUCUCUGCUUCUCCCGCUCCUUCGAGGACCUCACCUGCUUCUGGGAUGAGGAGGAGGCAGCGAGUGGGAUAUGCCACUUCUACUACUGGUACAGCAGGGACGUGCCCACGGCGUGCACAAUUUCCAUGUGGCACCAUGGGGCCGGCAGGACACGGCACGUCUGUGUCUUCCCCGGCCAGGACGUGCGGCUCUUUACCCAGCUCCACCUCCGCAUCCUGGACGCCACCACCAACCAGACCAAGUACUGGCGGGAGCUCAGUGUGGACGCAGUGGGUCUCAUCGCCCCCCCAGUGAACAUCACGGCCCACUGGGCUGGGGCUGCAGGGCAGCUCUGCGUGUCGUGGCAGCCACCACUCGCCGACUACCUGAAUUUCUUCCUCUAUGAGGUGCGGUGCUGCCCUGCUAGCUCCCCAGAGAUGCUCUGCAGCACCGCGUUGGACCCCAGUGGGCAGCGCCCUGGGAACCCCUCCAUCCAUCCAGCCAUCAGCACCCAUGCACCCACAGCUGGGGCAGUCGCAGCCUCCCUGGGAGCAGGGCAGGGGCUGGUCCAGGCUAACACCUGGGUGGUCCUCCGGGACCUGCGGCCGGGAGUGAGGUACCACAUCCAGGUGCGCACCAAGCCCGACGGCACCUCCAUGGACGGCGUCUGGGGACCCUGGUCACAGGCAGUGGCUGCAGAGACACCCCGCUCCUCUGGAGAGAUCGGGCUGUGCUGCAGCACCCCUGACCUGCAACAUGUGCACUGCAAGUGGAGCUGGGACCCCGCAGAGCCCCACAGCUCCCACCAGCUCUUCUACCAGGCACCUCCGAGCGGGGCUGGCAGAAGGGAUGUCGCAUGGCAGCAGUGCAAGGAGACAAGUGUGGGGGCACAGGGCACCCACUCCUGCACCUUCCAGCCCAGGGCUGGCAGUGCCAUCUCCGUCCUGGUGAACAUCACCCGGCCCCACGCGCCACCCACGCUCAGCUACUUCAAGGAGCCCUUCUGGCUGCACCAGUCUGUGCUCACAGAUGCCCCGCAGCUCGUGCAGGCGACAGUGUCUCAGGGCCGGCUGAGCCUGCAGUGGCUGCCGCCCUUGGAGGUGCUGGCAGAGCAGCUGGACUACCAGGUGCGCUACACCAAGGAAAACAGCCAUGACUGGAAGGUCCUGCAGGUCCCACGGGCAGCCAGGAAAGAAGUCCUGGAUCUACAGCCAGGUGCCCGCUACCAUGCCCAGGUGCGGGCCCAGCCCAGCGGGCCGUGGUACCAGGGUAGCUGGAGCGCCUGGUCCAAACCUGUCGUGGUUGACGCCAUGGCCGAUGCAGGUUGGAUCAUCCCCAGCGUUACAGUCGUGCCGCUGCUCUUCACAGGAGUGCUCCUGGGACUGCGGUGCACCUUCCCCUCCCUCUACAGCAACGUGAAGCAGAAGCUCUGGCCCCCGGUCCCCGACCUGCACCGCACACUGGGCAGCUUCCUCCACGACAGCGGCAAGCACGGCCAGGGCAACGCCUUCUACAAGCAGCCGCCGGAGGAGGCCGUCCUGCCCUGCCUGCUGGAGGUGCUGCCCGGCCCGCGGGGGGAGGCAGGCGCGCCACCCCCGCCGCCGGAGCACGCUGCCGGCCGGCUGCCCAGCACCGACAUUGCCAACCAGUCCUACCUGCUCAUGAGCGGCUGGGAGCCGCGCGGGCCGCCCUGA